AUGAAGUUUAAGAAGUUCAUUACCAUCAUGCAGGCGGCCAUGGGGAUCGUCCCCCUCAACAAACGAGAGCUCCUACCGCCUGGGAGGAAACUAUGGAAACCCCCAGGGUGAGUGAAGCGGAUGUGUGGCGUAUGAGCGUGUUUGCGUGAAAUGAAUGUGGGUCUAGUGUCUAUAGUAUGUAGCCUAACUCUGCUGGAUUCAAGUACAAGCAUCUACUGCACCUCUGAAAUAGUUGAAUCAUUUGCACUACAAAUAAUCAGUUGUGUGUGUCAGAAUGUCUCUAGGCGAUUCACAACCAUGAUUUGUAAUGUAUAGAUGUUUCAGCUUUGUUCACCAGAUGGUACUAGCCUACAUGCUACAGCAUGAGCAUGUCUGUUGUCAUGAGUUACAGCUCAGGUCAAAGAGCUUUGAGUUGACUAUAGAUGCACAGCAGAUGAAUGUAGCAGAGAUCCUGUGAGCAGCAUGGCUCUCCUUAGCUGACCCAGUCCAGUCAUCACCGGAUCAAUUCUCAGAUUCAUUAUGGAACCGUUCUUUAGUCUAUGGACACAACUUGUUAUUUGCAGCGUAUUGCCACAGUCAGGUGGUUACUUUUCAACGAAGCUCCUUAAAGGUUUCUCUGUGUGUGUGAGUAUUUAUCAAUCAAUCACAUUUAUUUAUAAAGCCCUUUUUACAUCAGCAGAUGUCACAAAGUUCUAUGUGAUCCCUCACCCACUUUGAGGUUGAUGUUGUAGAUCAGUUAUUCACUAUGCACAACAAUGGUUUUAUUCAUUCUCCCAAGAUCCAUGGAUUCCAGUAUUCUCAGUUUGGAGAUUUCCUAAUCGUGUAGUCUCAUAUGCUGAUAGAAGCUUGCCUAUAGUUUCCCUGCACAGCUAAACACUGCUAGAGUCAGGGCAUUGGGAGUUAGUUGGAAAGGAAAAGGCAAACACCACGAGCUGAGCAUUUGGUCAAAGCAAUCACUUAUUUACACUGAACAAAGAUAUGAACGCAACAUACACCAAUUUCAAAGAUUUUGCUGAGUUACAGUUCAUAUAAGGAAAGCAGUCAAUUGAAAUGAAUUCAUUAGGCACUAAUCUGUGGAUUUCACAUGACUGGGUAUACAGAUUUGCAUCUGUAGGUCACAGAUACCUUUAAAAAAAAAAAAGUAGGGGCAUGGAUUUAAAAACCAGUCAGUAUCUGGUGUGACCACCGUUUGCCUCAUGCAGUGCGCCACAUCUCCUUCGCAUAGAGUUGAUCAGGCUGUUGAUUGUGGCCUGUGGAAUGUUGUUACACUCCUCUUCAAUGGCUGUGCAAAGUUGCUAGAUAUUGUCGGGAACUGAAACUGUCGUAAACGUCGAUCCAGAGCAUCCCAAACAUGCUCAAUGGGUGACAUGUCUGGUGAGUAUGCAGCCAUGGAAGAACUGGGACAUUUUCAGCUUCCAGGAAUUGUGUACAGAUCCUUGUGAAAUGGGGCCGUGCAUUGCUGAAACAUGAGGUGAUGGCGGCGGAUGAGUGGCACGACAAUGGGCCUCCAGGAUCUCGUCACGGUAUUUCUGUGCAUUCAAAUUGCCAUCGAUAAAAUGCAAUUGUGUUCGUUGUUCGUAGCUUAUGCCUGCCCAUACCAUAACCGCAUAGCCACCAUGGGCCACUCUGUUCACAACGUUGACAUCAGCAAACCGCUCGCCCACACGACGCCGGACAUCUGUCCGGUACAGUUGAAACCGGUAUUCAUCCGUGAAGAGCACACUUCUCCAGCAUGCCAGUGGUCAUUGAAGGUGAGCAUUUGCCCACUGAAGUCUGUUAUGACGCCAAACUGCAGUCAGUUCAAGACCCUGGAAUAGGACGACGAGCACGCAGAUUAGCUUCCCUGAGACGGUUUCUGACAGUUUGUGCAGAAAUUAUUAUUUUGUGCAAACCCAAUUUCAUCAGCUGUCUGGGUGGCUGGUCUCAGACGGUCCCGCAGGUGAAGAAGCCGGAUGUGGAGGUCCUGGGCUGCGGUUGUGAGGCCUGUUGGAGGACGAACUGCCAAAUUCUCUAAAACGACAUUGGAGGUGGCUUAUGGUAAAGAAAUUAGCAUUUUAAUUCUCUGGUGGGCAUUCCUGCAGUCAGCAUGCCGAUUGCACGCGCCCUCAAAACUUGAGACAUCUGUGGCGUUGUGUUGUGUGACACAACUGCACAUUUUAGAGUGGUCUUUUAUUGACCCCAGCACAAGGUGGAUCUGUGCAAUGAUCAUGCUGUUUAAUCAGCUUCUUAAUAUGCCACACCUAUCAGGUGGAUGGAUUAUCUUGGCAAAGGAGAAAUUCUCACUAACAGUGAGGUAAACAGAUUUGUGUAAAACAUUUGAGAGAAAUAAGCUUUUUGUGCGUAUAGGAACAUUUGUGGGAUCUUUUAUUCAGCUCAUGAAACAUGGGACCAACACCUUACAUGUGGCGUUUAUAUUUUUGUUCAGUGUAUUUAUUCCUGUUCUGACACGAGGCCAAAUGGCAGUAGAGCAUAUGUUUGGCUCAAAUGCAAACAGAUUGCAGCUACACUGGGGUCUCCUUAUUGUCCCCUCCGCCCUCCUCUACCCUCUUACCAAUGCAAUCUAUUUUUUAAUUGUGUAUGAUUAUUAUGAUUUUUGUAUUCAAUCAAUGGGCAGAAUAAACAUUGUAUUUUUAUUUCACCUUUAUUUAACCAGGUAAGCCAGUUGAGAACAAGUUCUCAUUUACAACUGCGACCUGGCCAAGAUAAAGCAAAGCAGUGUGAUAAAAACAACAACAACACAGAGUUACAUAUGGGGUAAAACAAAACAAAGUAAAAAAUACAACAGAAAAUAUAUAUACAGUGUGUGCAAAUGUAGCAAGUUAUGGAGGUAAGGCAAUAAAUAGGCUAUAGUGCAAAAUAAUUACAAAUAGUAUUAACACUGGAAUGAUAGAUGUGCAAGAGAUUAUGUGCAAAUAGAGAAAUGACAAAUGCUUUGUCGCCGCACGUCCAUAUCACGACGUUCAAUAAUACAGAUGUUAAUCAAUAAAAUAAGGUAUAUUUAUAGUACAUGUGUAACCAGUGUGAUAUGGCUAGCUAGUUAGCGUUGCGCAUUAGUAGCGUUUAAUUUUGUGACGUCACACGCUCUGAGACCUUGAAGUAGUUGUUUCCCUUGCUCUGCAAGGGCCAUGGCUUUUGUGCAGCGAUUGGUAACGAUGCUUCCUGGGAGGAAGUUGUUGUGUUCAGAGGGUCCCUGGUUCGAGCCAAUGUUGGGGCAAGGAGAGGAACUGAAGCAACACUAACACAUUCACAGACCUACCAAGCAACAGUACAUGGAAUGCUAAUUGGUCCAACAUUACAAUACAAAUAAUUGUUCUUAGUUAGUGUGUGUGCGCACGUGCAUUAGAUUGUGCCUUUGCAUGUGCACUCAUGUUUGUUUGUCGGUGUAUAUGCUUGUGACAAUGUCCAGGCUUUGUUUACUAUGCAGUGGACCGUUAUGGAAUGGUGUUUGAACCAAAAUCUCUCACAUUUUAAUGUGUCACUCACUUUAAUUGCCCUCACCAUUAUAAUUCUCUAAUGUGGAAUUAAAUUAAUUUCAUACAGUUUCUACCCUUUUCUUCCGAGCUACAUUUUACAUAGGUUGACAAUUACAAUCCCUUAUACAAAGUUGAACUCUGAUCUUAAUGUUGAGUAAUGGUUAUCUAAAGCCCUUUUGUCUCUCCCCACAGGGACACAUCCAGUACUGACCAAUCCAACACUGACCUGUUCCGAUCUAGCUGCUCCUGGGAUAGCUUCUACUGGACCAAAGAAGCCCAGUACCUGUGUCUCCGUCGACUCUCUUCACCCAGCUACUCUGCUAUUCUGAAGGUACGUCAUCAUUUCUGCUCACUUUGUGCAUGUAUCCUUUACCCAUCCUAUUCUGCCCUAAGACUGUGAGUGUGUGUGGUUGGACGUAUGAUUUCUACAGUACCAUUUUGUGAUCUACUCUGUAAACAGGAAAUCCAGAGUGGUUUUGGCAGUAGGAUAUGGUUUAAAAGUCAGUUGGACAAUCUCUGCUGGAUAUCUAUUACCUUGAAUCGUCCUUUGGUUAUUCAUGUUCCCCAUUCACAAAGUGUAUGUAUCCAAGGCCUUUGUCCCAUAGCCCAAUUUGGAAGUUGCUGGUCCACUCACCUCACCCAAUGUAUAUUUAACCAGGAAUAUUAGGAGAUUCAGGCCACCCAUCACAACAUAUUGUUGGUCUGAAUGCAUGUGCAACUGGAAAGUGCUGUUUUCUCGAGGCUACUAGUAGCACAGUUAUCUACUUUACUUUGAUGCAAUGAUAUGGAGCUACACUUGAUGGCCACAUAACUUGACAGCUCUGAAUCUGAUACUGGAAUGACACACACACACGCAUGUUCAUAUUUUUAUUCAGCUUUCAUUGUUAGACUGAAAUACCUGUCCUUUUUACAACACUGAAACUGUACCACUAACAAUCAUACUGUCCAUUUUGGAACUGACUGACUGCCCUGCCUCUGUUAUUAAAGUAAUCUAGAAGGAUCCAUUUUUUCAAAACAUUUACAGAAUUCCCAACAAUAAUGAAUGCAUGUUUUAUUUUAUUGGCUUAAAUACUAAAUUAACAUUUGUUGGGGGCGUUUUUAUAUAUGUUGUUGGUUGUGGUAAUGGACUGCGUUUACAGGUCUAUGUAUUUAUUGAGAUAAAAAAUAUCGAGACACUUACCCCCAUCUUGAAUUGGGACAUCCUAAUACUGUCGUCUCUUUCGGCGCUCUCUGACUCACUCAACUUACUGGGUUGUUUUACUGAGUCUUUAAAAAACGUUUUAACUCAGUCCCCUCUUCCAGCAUUGGGUAACAUCCUCCCCCACGUCUAUUUCUAUGGGCACAAGCACUGUUCAUGACAAAGUGUUCACCCCCCUGUUGUUGGCAGGUAGAACAUUUGCAGGUAGAACGCUUAUUUCCUGCAAUUCUACACAUUUUGCCAUGUGUUAUGUGUGUUCUUGUGAUAUUUGAGUGACUCAAACAUUACAAUAAAAUCAAUGGGCUAAAAAACCUAGCAAAAUUUUUUUUAGCUGACAUGGGUUAGUUGAUCUGGAUAUUUCUGACAAGUUAUAAAUAGCUCUCUAAGGUCCUAGCCUACUAGUGGUUUUAAUGGAGUACUGUAGGUAGAAGUUACCCCUUGAAAUCUGUUCCAGUGUAUUUGAUAGAGUGCAUUUGUGCAGUCCAUGUAGUGCAGCUAGCUGUACUGCAAGUAGAGGGCGUACUGCUACAACAAGACAUUCUAGAGUGGACUAGACUGAUGGCUAGGAUGGCUACCAUGUAGAUAAAACCACACCAUAAUGGGAACUGUAUAGAAUUGCAGUGCUGGAGUUAUAGGCAUACCUGGCAUGUGUGUAUUGUGUAAGGCUUUGUAGCAGAUAUGUAUGGUUGUUUGUGUUGUCUUAUUCUAGUGCGUGUGCAGUGUUGUUCUGUUGUUUUGCCUGAGCAAGAAUAAAGGAUCUGUUCUCCUAAGCCACUUCACAUGAAGAUAGCGCUGUGGGAUUUCAGACAUUUCAAUCUCAUCAGUGAAACUGUGUGUUCUUGCGUAAUGCCCUCAGGAGGCCAAGAUUCAGCCAGCAGCCCUGCCAGUGAACUAAAUGACAUCACACAGCAGAGGAAGACACUUUGACUCACUGUGCCGCUGGGCUUGCAUGUAGCCUGUUCUCAUCACUGCUCAGGAGAGGUAGAUGGACAGUAGGAGCAGGCAGACUAGACAGGUGGGGUUGUCUCUGUCCCACCACUAGAAGCUAGUGCCACACUCACUGCCAGCUGGUCAGGUGCAUGCUUAAGGGGAGGAUUUGUUUAGAGUGGUUCUAGAUGCUGUGUUGUGGGAGAUGGAGUGUGUGUCUGUUCUGUCAUGGUACAUUUUUGCAUUUAGUAGGCACGUUUUAGUUUGACAACCGAUCUUUCAACCGAAAUCAAAUGUCCCUCAGCUGAUCCCCAUAGCACUGUCUGUGACUUAUGUUCAAUAAAACCAAUCUUUGUUGGAUUUGUUGUUUUUAUAUGCUGAGAAGUACAAUGAAUGGGAACAUGUUUGGCAUCAUCCAACAGUACCUCAUUGAUGAGGUGUGUUUGUGACUUCCAUUUUCAGGCCUUCUAACUAGUAUCCAGACCGAUCACAGUGUUCUCUUCUCUUUUUAUCAUGGUGCAUUUUGCAAUAUUCUCUCUAUCACAGAUGUGUGGCAAUAUCCUCUGUAUCACACUUAAUCAUGAGUGGGUUACAAUAUACAGUAGUUCUACUAGUUUGUAGAACACCUGUGUCUCAAUAUAAACUCAUUUUAUAUAGUCAUAGCAAUAGUCCAGGGGUGUAUUCACUAGGAACCAAACAGAAGAAAACAGACCAAAUGGGGAGGGGCUAACCUAAACUUGUCCAAUAAGAAAUGCUUGUUUUCAUUGCAAAACCGUUUGCUAUGGUGUGCACUAAUGAAUACACCCUAGUCCUCCCUGACCACUCUUCAUCGGUUCUGUCCUGUGAGUUUCAACUUCUAAAAGUGGGCUAUGAUCUGUCCUCUACCCUACCCUGCCAUGUCAGCCAGAGUGAUGCCGCUGUUACUAUAAGCCUGGGCUGGAGAUGUCAGCAGUGCAGGGAUUCAGCUCCACUUUGGUCACAAAGUCAAUGUUAAAACCUGCACUCAGAUUGGCUGUGUGUGUGCUUGCAUGUGUGCUUGUGCGUGUGUGUGUGUGUGUGUGGGGGGGGGGGGGGGGGGGGGGGGGGGGGGGGCGCAUGUGGUUUUUAAAGCAUGUGUGUAAAGCAUUUGCUUUUAUGUGUGAGGAUUGGUUAUAUCCAUUUAAAUUCAAUCACUUUUUGACAGCAUCUCUUUUGAUUUAAACCUUCCAUACAUGUUUGCCCAUGGAAGAAGUUACUUUUUGGAACUGAAUGCCAAAACAUAUAAUUUAAAUGAUUACAAACAGUGUUGUCAAACAAUUAUUUUAAUUUUUUGUACAAAACAAUUGUCUUCCUAAAUUGGUCAAUUAUCUAAAAACGCGGAAAAUCUGAUUUUUCUUUUUCAUAUUCGCAUACAGUAUGUUGUAGCUUAGACCCCGUUUCACAUCUGAGGUUUUUGUGUUGUGCCAGCCAUCGGUUGAUACACAACAUUCUCUUGAAUAGAAGGUGUGUCAUUUCAAACAUAGAAAUAUAAUUCAUAGACUGGACCUAUCCCUUCAGACCACUGCAAGUUAGCUGGUAGACAUUUUAAUUGAAUAGAAAUUGUAACUUCUAAUUACUACCAAAAAACUAAGAUGACUACUGGUCCACCCACCAAGUGAAUGUUAACUUUAAAACAUGCCCCUGUACUUUGGUGACUAAGAAAUACUUUUUUUUAAACCUCACGCUUUGGGCUGGAUGUGUCAAUGUGUAGUUCAUAUAUGCAUAAUCUAUGAGCAGAAAUACUGUUUUACCUCAAUUAGCCACGAAAUCCCUAGUUUGAAAGCAACUGUUUUCUUGAAGCUAUGCCGUGCAAUUUUCCCUACAUUUUCCCCCACGUGGGCCAGCCGCCUAGCAAUUCGAGUUCAAGCCAAUGAGCUUCAGCCCCUCGCAUUUGAGUGACAGCUAGCAAGAGGCCUGCCAAGCAAUAUCCAAUGAGGUUGCAGGGCGGGCCCAACAUCUGUCGACACAGCAGCGGGAGAGAGCAAUGACAUGGCGCAUAUACCUGCACAUAUGUGAUGUUGUACGCAAUUUUCAGGGACCACUUUUGGCUUGUGAGUGCUACUUUCAGAACUACUGACUAAAAGGUAUACAAAAGUACCAGAGAAUAUUUUUAAAUGGAAGAUAUUCAUGUCUAUUCUAUUAACUAGAUUUCUAUGAUUUCACAUGGUUUCCUAUGGAGGAUUGACAGUAUAAUUUAAAACAACAAAUAUUCCCAUUCAAGUCAACAUUGUCUGAUGUGAGGACCUCCCAUCUUUUUGGUACCAUUUUGAAAGUUUAAAUUUCAAUUUGAUUCCCAUUUUAAUGCAUUUAUCAACCAAAACAUGACACCCACCCUGUAUUCAAGAGCAUGUUGUGUCUCAACCAAUGGCAGGCAGAACACGAACACGUUAGAUGAUGUAAAAUAGGGUCUAAGCUACAACGUAUGCAAAUAUGUAAACAGAGUUCAUGCGUUUUUAGAUAAUUGACGUUAAAGGGAAACUUCAAUUUUUCAACUUCAUAUUCAUCAACUCCAGCACCACCCCAACAUCAACAUAUGUGACAAUUGUGAGUUUCUAUGUUUGUAGUAAAAAAACAUACGAGAAAGAUAAGUGCUUCCAGUGACCUCAUCGGUUUGCAUCGUGUGAUUUUGACCAAUUGUGAGUAGCUAUUGCUUACUAGUUGCCUGCUAAUUGUCUAUGAAUUGGUUGGUGAUGUCAUUAGAAACACUUAGAUACUUUUGUUUCACUGCAAAACAUAGAAACUUACCAUUUUCACAUGUUGAUAUUGGGGUGGUGCUGGAGAUGAGGAAUAUGAAGUUGAAAUAUUGUGAAAUCUCCCUUUAAAAAUGUUUUUAAAAAAUGACAAUUGUAAAAUAAUUAUUUUCCAUAAAUUAUAAUAUAGUUUGACAUCCCUGUUUGUAAGCUUUUAAAUUAUAUUAAUCUCAACCGUUUAUCUUUUCCAGUGAUGAAAACAUGGUAUGGUGGAGUAUGCAAAAUAGGUAAACUUUGAGCACUUUUAUCUCUUGAAUAUUUUGGCGUUCAGGUCCCAAAAGUCACUUUCUGAGCACUUCUACAAUUGGCAAGUUAGGUUUUGUUUAAAUCAAAAGGGGUAAUGUCAAAAAGUGAUUGAAUUCAAGUGGAUUUACCCUAUUUGAGGUAAAUGCUUUCACACGUACAUUUGCAUAUCCUCAUUCAUAUACACUACCGGUCAAAAGUUUUAGAACACCUACCCAUUCAAGGGUUUUUCUUUAUUUGUUUUACUAUUUUCUAUAUUGUAGAAUAAUAGUGAAGACAUCAAAACUAUGAAAUUAAACAUAUGGAAUCACGUAGUAACCCAAAAUAUUUAUAUUUGAGAUUCUUCAAAUAGCCACCCUUUGCAUUGACAGCUUUGCACACUCUUGGCAUUCUCUCAACCAUCACUGCAGAAUGCUGUGGUAGCCAUGCUGGUUAAGUGUACCUUGAAUUGUAAAUAAAUCACAGACAGUGUCACCAGCAAAGCACCCCCACGCCAUAACACCACCUCCUCCAUGCUUUACGGUGGGAAAUACACAUGCAGAGAUCAUCCGUUCACCCACACCGCGUCUCACAAAGACACGGCGGUUGGAGUCAAAAAUCUCCAAUUUGGACCAGACCAAAUGACAAAUUUCCACCGGUCUAAUGUCCAUUGCUUGUGUUUCUUGGCACAAGCAAGUCUCUUCUUCUUAUUGGUAUCCUUUAGUAGUGGUUUCUUUGCAGCAAUUCGACCAUGAAGGCCUGAUUCACACAGUAUCCUCUGAACAGUUGAUGUUCAGAUCUGUCUGUUACUUGAACACUGUGAAGCAUUUAUUUGGCCUGCAAUUUCUGAGGCUGGUAACUCUAAUGAACUUAUCCUCUGCAGCAGAGGUAACUCUGGGUCUUCCAUUCCUGUGGUGGUCCACAUGAGAGACAGUUUCAUCAUAGCGCUUGAUGGUUUUUGCGACUGCACUUGAAGAAACUUUAAAAGUUCUUGAAAUAUUCCGGAUUGACUGACCUUCAUGAUUAAAGUAAUGAUGGACUGUCGUUUCUCUUUGCUCAUUUGAGCUGUUCUUGCCAUAAUAUGGACUUGGUCUUUUACCAAAUAGGGCUAUCUUCUGUAUAACACCCCUACCUUGUCACAACACACAUGAUUGGCUCAAACUUAUUAAGAAGGAAAGAAAUUCCACAAAUUAACUUUUAGAAGGCACACCUGUUAAUUGAAAUGAAUUCCAGGUGACUACCUCAUGAAGCUGGUUGAGAGAAUGCCAAGUGUGCAAAGCUGUCAUCAAAGCAAAGGUUACUAAAUGAUUACUACAUGAUUCCAUAUGUGUUAUUUCAUAGUUUUGAUGUCUUCACUAUUAUUCUACAAUGUAGAAAAUAGUAAAAAUAAAGAAAACCCCUUGAAUGAGUAGGUGUUCUAAAACCUUUGACCGGUAGUGUAUGUCUGUGUGCGAUUAUCUUGGUGGAUCUAUGCACAUUAUUUUGUGUGUGCAUGGGCAUUUGUAUUUAAUCAUCGGCGUGUUUGCGAUUGUGUGUUUACAGUCUGUGGACGGUGGGAUUUGCGCUGAAUGUAGGCCAGCAGAAUACAGCUUACGUCAAAGCUAGGCAGGCAGAUAAAUGCAGGGUGUUGCUGCUACCACUGGUGCUGCUGUGGAAAUGGAGAGGGUAGUGGCAUAGCAGGCAGAAGCUCAGGCAGCCAGAGCAGAGAAUCAGUAGAGGUAGAUAGAGGAGCAGAGAAGGAACCAUGAAGACUGUCCUCCACCUGCACAGGAAAUGGAUCCACACCUACAAGGCCAUCCGUAUCCUCCAGGGGCUCGUGAGUGACUCCAUCUUGGCUCUAGUUAGACAGGUGGUCUCUGGGUGGAAAGGUAGACCGAUAAGCAGGUAGACAGGUAGUUGUGACAAGUGUUUCAUGGUGGGUGUAGUAGGUGGUGAAGUUGGUUAAAAUGUGGGUGGGUACUUUGGUCAAGUUUUCUGUUUUCAACUGGUAUGUGUACUGUAUUGGAUGGUUGGUGAAAAGCUGACAGUGUGCGAAAGCAGUAGUCCAUGUGUGAUUCUGCUGAUUUAGUGGGUGUGUACUGUACCAUGUGCUCAGAGAGUAUUGGUUGGGAACAUGGAGUUUGUUUGUGCCGGGUAUAGCAGAAUGCUAUCUUAUGUGACCUUUCUGUUGGGCAUAUGAGAUUUGGAGCAUGAUGUUUGGAAUGGUCCCUCAUGAUUGGGCUAAUAGUGUGCACCUCAGUGUGUCCUAUUGAAAUGAGAGAAACACAUGGUUAUCUCCUGUUCAUUGUGGAAUGUGUCCUUCUCCCAUAGAGCCCAGUCAUGGAGGAAACAGUGUGGGAGCAGUACACUGUGACGCUGCAGAGGGUGAGUCCAGCUUUACAACAAUACACAUCACAUACAGCACCACACUGGAUUACCACACAAUACAUCCCUUUUUUAAGUACUGCAACAAUAACACACUACAACUCUUCACUGAAACUGUAUCACAUUUCAAUGCAUACUUUAUAACUAAAACAGAAUGGAAUUAUAAUUGUCAUGCGCAGCUACACCACCAGAUUACAAUGCAAUACACCGUGGAUGCUUUUUAAGAUGUUUCAGAACAUCUGACGCACUCUAGUACAUGUUCACCCAUCUACAGCACACAGACUGGAAUAAUGCCAUGCAUGCAGCCACAUCUGCCCAGUACAGUUAAUCGUGUGGAGCUCCUACUCGUUGUCUCAUCCCCUCACUCUGCUCUGAAGCUGCUUUUACCGCCACAUCACUGACCCUUCCACUUCCAGCUGUCAUACUCUCUCCCUAUCCCAGCUAGCAGAUUGUAACGGGCUAAUGUGAUGCUCCUUUAGCUGUUACAGGAUAGGUACUGUUUGGCAUAUCACAGAUAAUUUUCGACCAACCUUAACAUGGCGAUACUAUCGGCCAAACUCUCGCGAGUGGAGUGGAGCAGGGAAUGUUUUUAGUACAGAUUGGAGAGGGGAGAGGGAGGGGAGAUGUGGUGUUAAAUCUCUGCUCUAAUCUAAUCUGGUCAGUGCGGGGGCAGGUACACCACACAGACAAAAAGGAGAGGGACACACUCAUGUGGACAGAAGUACACAGAAACACACUAACCUGAACAGACUAGGUCACACAGGUACUCGCACAUCCAUACAAAUGCAUCUCUAAAACACGUCCUCUCCACUGCAGGACCCCAAGAUGGGUUUUGGUAUUGCGGUUUCUGGGGGCCGGGACAACCCCAACGAGGAAAGCGGGGAGAUGUCCAUAGUGGUGUCUGAUGUGCUUCAGGGAGGGCCCGCCGAUGGCCUGCUAUUGUACGUACCUCCUGUCAAUCAGUCAUUAUGAUGCAUCAAGUGUUCUGUCAUUUUGAGGAGCUAAUUUGUGUACAGUUUGAAUAUCUCACAGUAGAUUUUUCCUCAUAUGUUAAUUGUGUUUCGUAGUGAUAAUGACCGGGUGGUGCAGGUGAACGCCACUCCCAUGGACGGCGUGCCACACUCCUUCGCUGUACAGACCCUCAGGAAGUGUGGAAAAGUAGCCAAAAUUGUGAGUAUGUUUGACAUACAGUGCAUUCGAAAAGUAUUCAGACCCCUUGACUUUUUCAACAUUUUGUUACGUUACAGCCUUAUUCUAAAAUGGAUUCAAACGUUUUUUUCCCUCAUCAAUCUAAACACAAUACCCCAUAAUGACAAAGCAAAAACAGGUUUUUAGAAAUGUUUUCCCACCAAAAAAUGAAAAAAAAAUGAAAGAAUAAAUUUACAUAAGUAUUCAGACCCUUUACUCAGUACUUUGUUACAUUUUUUACAUUUUAGUAAUUUAGCAGACACUUUUAUUCAGAGCGACUUACAGUUAGUGAGUGCAUACAUUUUUCAUACUGUUGAAGCACCUUUGGCAGCGAUUACAGACUCGAAUCUUCUAGGGUGUGUCGCUACAAGCUUGGCACACCUGUAUUUGUGGAGUUUCUCCCAUUCUUCUCUGCAGAUCCUCUCAAGCUCUGUCAGCUUGGAUGGGGAGCAUCGCUGCACAGCUAUUUUCAGGUCUCUCCAGAGAUGUUCGAUCAGGUUCAAGUCCGGGCUCUGGCUGGGCCACUCAAGGACAUGUCCCGAAGACUUGUCCCGAAGCCACUCCUGUGUUGUCUUGGCUGUGUGCUUAGGGUUGUUGUCCUCUGUACUUUGCUCCAUUCAUUGUUCCCUUGAUCCUGACUAGUCUCCCAGUCCCUGCCGCUGAAAAACAUCCCCACAGCAUGAUGCUGCCACCGCUAUGCUUCACCGUAGGGAUGGUGCCAGGUUUCCUCCAGACGUGUCGCUUGGCAUUCAGGCCAAAGAGUUGAAUCUUGGUUUCAUCAGACCAGAGAAUCUUAUUUCUCAUGGUCUGAAAGUCCUUAAGUGCCUUUUGGCAAACUCUAACCGGGCUGUCAUGUGCCUUUUACUGAGGAGUGGCUUCCGUCUGGCCAUUCUACCAUAAAGGCCAGAUUGGUGGUGCUGCAGAGAUCGUUGUCCUUCUGGAAGUUUCUCCCAUCUCCACAGAGGAACUCUGGAGCUCUAUCAGUGUGACCAUCGGGUUCUUGGUCACCUCCCUGACCAAGGCCCUUCUCCCCUGAUUGCUCAGUUUGGCCGGACAGCCAGCUCUAGGAAGAGUGUUGGUGGUUCCAAACUUCUUCCAUUUAAGAAUGACGGAGGCCACGGUGUUCUUGGGGACCUUCAAUGCUGCAGAAAUGUUUUGGUACCCUUCCCCAGAUCUGUGCCUUGACACAAUCCUGUCUCGGAGCUCUACGGACAAUUCCGUCGACCUCAUGGCUUGGUUUUUGCUCUGACAUGCACGGUCAACUGUGGGACCUUUAUAUAGACAGGUGUGUGCCUUUUACAAAUCAUGUUCAAUCAAUUGAAUUUACCACAGGUGGACUCCAAUCAAGUUGUAGAAACAUCUCAAGGAUGAUCAAUGGAAACAGGAUGCACCUGAUCUCAAUUUUGAGUCUCAAAUCAAAUCAAAUCAAAUCAAAUCAAAUUUUAUUGGUCACACGCGCCGAAUACAACAGGUGCAGACAUUACAGUGAAAUGCUUACUUACAGCCCUUAACCAACAGUGCAUUUAUUUUAAACAAAAAAGUAAGAAUAAAACAACAACAAAAAAGUGUUGAGAAAAAAAAAAGAGCAGAAGUAAAAAAUAAAGUGACAGUAGGGAGGCUAUAUAUACAAUAGAAUAAAGUGACAGUAGCAUAGCAAAGGGUCUGAAUACUUAUGUAAAUAAGGUAUUUCAGUUUUUAAUUUUUUAUAAAUUAGCAAACAUUUCUAAAACCCUGUUUUUGAUUUGUCAUUAUGGGGUAUUGUGUGUGUGUAGAUUGAUGAGGAAAAAACACUUUUGAAUCAAUUUUAGAAUAAGGCUGUAACGUAACAAAAUGUGGAAAAAGGGAAGGGGUCUGAAUACUUUCCGAAUACACUGUGUGUGUGUGUGUGUGUGUGUGUGUGUGUGUGUGUGUGUGUGUGUGUGUGUGUGUGUGUGUGUGUGUGUGUGUGUGUGUGUGUGUGUGUGUGUGUGUGUGUGUGUGUGUGAAAAUAUUAUGGUGGCAAAAGAUAAAGAUGCUUGUGAUUCACAAUUAGAACUCAAGUAAAGGUGUUUGGGAUCUGAGGGUAGACCUGGACAUAGCACCGUUUCAGCUGCUACGCUUGUUUUAGAUGUGCUAAAUUGCUUAGAUCCUAAAAAUUAUUGUGCUGCCUUAUUUAUACACCUUUCCAAGGCUUUUGACACUGUUGACCAUUACAUUCUCAUUCAAAGGUUGACUGAAAUAGGCAUGGAUCAGGCUUCUUUCAAGUGGUUUGAGAAUGAUCUGUCAGACAGGACACUGUGAUUUCUGAUGGUGUUAAGUCUAGUUUCCUGGAUAUUAUUAAACGCUAUACGCUAGAUUUAGAGUUAUUUGGCGACUUCAGUUGUGAAUGAUACAAACCUUAGAAUGUCUUAGAAAUCAAAACAUAUAUGGCUGCAUGAUGCGACUAUAGGCUAUUGAUGAUUUGAGAUAGUUGCAAAAAAGCUUGAGCUCUGUUCCUUGCCUCAGGCUGCACACUGUUCUCUCAUCAAGUGUUCAUAUUUUCACCCAUCAGACAAUUCUCAAUGUAAUCUUGUCUUUACUAAUAUGUAAAAUGAGUUUCAAAUUAGAAUGACCCAUUAUCAAAUACAAGCAGCUGAGAAAUAACUAUAGUAGCAGCUGGGAUCCUCCUCCUUUUUAGUGGCAACCAUCAAAACUCUGCUUUCAGACGUGAUUGCAUAGAGAUGUCUGGGCUUAUAAAAACACUUAUUUUACUCCACGCAUCAACCACUGUUUGAGGAGCAUGCAGCCUCUUGUUUAAUUUUUUUGGUAACCUAUAGUUGUUGUUUGUUUUUUUUGUUUUUUUUUGGGGGGGGGGGGGGGGGGUUCAUGAAUCUGUUGUCCUCAGGGCACCAUUGAAAAUGAGACCCUGGUCUCAAUGCACUCAAUGUAAAUGAUUCCUGAUGGUUCAGUCAUUGCCUGAUGUGGUCUUUUGUUUUUCACAGACGGUCAAGAGGCCCAGGAAGGUUCCGGUCAACCUGCUGAAACGCGCUCCUUCCCCUGAUGACCGCGUCUUCAGUAACGACUACAACGAUGACUACGAUCAGGACCGCCGCAGUGUGUACAGCGAACGCAGCAGUCAUCAAGACCGCGACCACAGCCAGGAGAGGGGGUGUUACACAGACGCUGGCUACCAGGGACGGGGCUUUGACCGUGAUUACGGUCGAGAUGACCGAGGCAGAAGUAUGGAGAGGGACCUCGAUCCAGACAGGCAGUACAGACGAGACGGGAGCAUGGGUCGCACUCUGGACCGUGAACGUAGCCCUGACCGCCGCUACAAAAGCGACCUCACUCUUGACCGUGACCACAGCCCCGAUCGGCGUUACCGUAGUGAACGGGCCCUUGACCGCGACCCCAGCCCCGACAGGCGUUUCCGUAGUGAACGCACUCUGGACCGCACUAACAGCCCCGACCUGCGGUACAGAGCCGGUCACAGUCCUGCCCGCAGCCAUGGUCGCGACCACAGCUUUGAGAGUUACCGUGAACGUGUUCCUAGUGACCGCGACCACAGGAAAGAGCAGAUGAAGAGGAGCGGGAGCAGGGAGCGUCUGGACCGCUCACCCUCCCCCGCCGCCAUGCCAGUCCCCAUGGCCCGCCCCCCUCGGGAGCAGGAGCCCCUGGAGAAACCCCUCAGUGUGCUGCUGCUGAAGAACAGGCCCAAUGAAGGUCUGCAUACAUACAUACUGUACUAACACUCCAUAUUUACAGUGCUAUAGCUCCACUAUGCUCAUUCCUCUAAGACUGCCUGUGCUAAAUGUUUACUAUUAGUUAAACCAUGUUUUUAUGUUUACACAAUUGUUUUCGUGUGUGUUUAUAGAGUAUGGUCUGCGUCUGGGCAGUCAGCUGUUCAUUAAGGAGAUGACAAGCACAGGUCUGGCCUGCAGGGAUGGCAACCUCCAGGAGGGAGACAUCAUACUGAAGGUAGGAAGGGCCUCACAUACAGACCACUGUUUAAUCUCUGACCUGGGGGAAGCAUUGUUUCACUGCUGCCUCUUCAAAAGUUGCAUGUUUUGUUGGCAAAAAACUAUAAUGGGACUUAUCCCCCCCACCCCCCACCAUAUCUUAUAAUUGAUCCGUCUCGGACAGUGGGCUACAGAUAUAAUGCGAUUGCUACCAUACACUGUGAAUGUGAUUUGACUCUCUCUCUCACUCUGUGUCAGAUCAAUGGUACAGUGACAGAGAACCUGUCUCUGAGCGAUGCAGGGAAGCUGAUUGAGAAGUCUCGAGGAAAGCUGCAGCUGGUGGUGCAGAGAGACAGGAGACAGGUCCUCAUCAGGAUUCCUCCCCUGGCAGACAGCGACUCUGAGCUCGAUGGUGAGAGACCCUCCAGUCUCAGUCUCUGUGGCAGCAUCUCCUUUCCUUUUUAAGGAAAACACUUUUUAUGUGGACAGAUUCAGAACGGUCCCAGUGCUUUGUAUAAGUCUUUCAUUUAGUGUUUUAACCUCCUGUAUUGUCUGCUGAUUUGGAAAUGUAUGUUGUCUGUUGUGUAUUGUCCUGUCCAUGUCUGGUUUUAUUGCAAUGUCUUUUGUUUUUGUUUGAUUCUGGCAAGUUUCCCCUUAGGGAUAAUAAAGUUUUUUUCAACUUUACUCACCCUCCACCCGACCUGUCAUUGGUAUAGAGAUAGAAUAUGAAACGGUAUACCCAUGCAUGUCAGCCAAACAGACACCUUGUUGAUGACAUUUAGUAUAUUCCAUCAAUUACAUUUAACAUUUCUAUAGAAAUAAUGCAUGAAAAGAGAAUCUGUUCUCUUCAGUUUCACCUGGCUGUCUCUAUGGCUACUGGCUCUAUUUUGGUAUAUUUGUCACGUGAUCAAAGUGCAGGUUAUGAUUGGGCUGUGUAAUUAAAUGGGAGGGUGGGGCGAUGCGCUGACUCAAAGCUUUUGAGGGGGGCCUUAUCACACACCCGGGGACUUCUGACCCACUUUGGUCCAUUCAGGGACGUGGUGUGUGAGCGCUUGGCAGGGGAAUAUAAUCCCCCCCGAUAAUCCACUUAUUGAAUAUGACUGAAUUUCAUUAUGUUAUGGUCUGAAAUGUAGCAAAUAAAUGUGCUGUCAAUGAUUGGAACUGCAGCUUGUGUAUUGAGAACAGGGGUGCUUGUCUGUGUGUCAGGUAUCUGCCAGAAUGUAACUGUCUGAGGUUUGCUGUGUUUGUCUGUUUCUCUCCACUAAUACCAAAUGUAACGUUUCUUAUGGGAAAAGUCGAGUUAGUGUUACAUGUAUGAAGCAUGACUUGGGUGAUCUGUCUGAAGAUGAACUAGAUGUUGGUAAUAUUUUGUGUUCCAGAUAUCUCAGAGAUCGAGUCUUACCGCUCCUACUCGCCACAGGAUGACCGACGGGCCCCCCACUCAGACCUGUCCUCCCACUCCUCCAAUGAGAGGCUCAGAGACAAACCCAGGUAAACAGUCUCCCUCUGCUCCCACCUGCAGUAUGGAUCACUCUUAUGUACUGUACCAUAUACAGUUGAAGUCAGAAGUUUACAUACACCAUAGCCAAAUACAUUUAAACUCAGUUUUUCACAAUUCCUGACAUUUAAUCCUAGUAAAAAUUCCCUGUCUUAGGUCAGUUAGGAUCACCACUAUUUUAAGAAUGUGAAAUGUCAGAAUAAUAGUAUAGAGAAUGAUUUAUUUCAGCUUUUAUUUCUUUCAUCACAUUCCCAGUGGGUCAGAAGUUUACAUACACUCAAUUAGUAUUUGGUAGCAUUGCCUUUAAAUUGUUUAACUUGGGUCAAACGUUUCGGGUAGCCUUCCACAAGCUUCCCACAAUAAGUUGGGUGAAUUUUGGCCCAUUCCUCCUGACAGAGCUGGUGUAACUGAGUGAGGUUUGUAGGCCUCUUUGCUCGCACACGCUUUUUCAGUUCUGCCCACACAUUUUCUAUAGGAUUGAGGUCAGGGCUUUGUGAUGGCCACUCCAAUACCUUGACUUUGUUGUCCUUAAGCCAUUUUGCUACAACUUUGGAAGUAUGCUUGGGGUCAUUGUCCAUUUGGAAGACCCAUUUGCGACCAAGCUUUAACUUCCUGACUGAUGUCUUGAGAUGUUGCUUCAAUAUAUCCACAUAAUUUUCCUUCCUCAUGAUGCCAUCUAUUUUGUGAAGUGCACCAGUCCCUCCUGCAGCAAAGCACCCCCACAGCAUGAUGCUGCCACCCCCGUGCUUCACGGUUGGGAUGGUGUUCUUCGGCUUGCAAGCAUCCCCCUUUUUCCUCCAAACAUAACGAUGGUCAUUAUGGCCAAACAGUUCUAUUUUUGUUUGAUCUGACCAGAGGACAUUUCUUCAAAAGGUACAAUAUUUGUCCCCAUGUGCAGUUGCAAACCAUAGUCUGGCUUUUUUAUGGCGGUUUUGGAGCAGUGGCUUCUUCCUUGCUGAGCGGCCUUUCAGGUUAUGUCGAUAUAGGACUCGUUUUACUGUGGAUAUAGAUAAUUUUGUACCUGUUUCCUCCAGCAUGUUCACAAGGUCCUUUGCUGUUGUUCUGGGAUUUAGUUGCACUUUUCGUACCAAAAUACGUUCAUCUUUAGGAGACAGAACGCGUCUCCUUCCUGAGCGGUAUGACGGCUGCGUGGUCCCAUGGUGUUUAUACUUGCGUACUAUUGUUUGUACAGAUGAACGUGGUGCCUUCAGGCGUUUGGAAAUUGCUCCCAAGGAUGAACCAGACUUGUGGAGGUCUACAAAAAAAUUUCUGAGGUCUUGGCUGAUUUCUUUUGAUUUUCCCAUGAUGUCAAGCAAAGAGGCACUGAGUUUGAAGGUAGGCCUUAAAAUACAUCCACAGGUACACCUCCAAUUGACUCAAAUGAUGUCAAUUAGCCUAUGAGAAGCUUCUAAAGCCAUCAUUUUCUGGAAUUUUCCAAGCUGUUUAAAGGCACUGUCAACUUAGUGUAUGUAAACUUCUGACCCACUGGAAUUGUGAUACAGUAAAUUAUAAGUGAAAUAAUCUGUCUGUAAACAAUUGCUGGAAAAAUUACUUGUGUCAUGCACAAAGUAGAUGUCCUAACCGACUUGCCAAAACUAUAGUUUGUUAACAAGAAAUUUGUGGAGUGGUUGAACAUUUUUAUGACUCCAAUCUAAGUGUAUGUAAACUUCCGACUUCAACUGUAUUGUCAUGACAAGGCUGACAAGUUCCUGUCAAGUUCAGAUUAUAUUUACGUUGAGGAUCUUUACUCCAUCACUAUGACGUUUCAGAGAAGAUGAAAGCAUACUGUAGCUGUGUUGUACUGUUUGAGAACCAUGGGAUUCUGUGUGUUUUACAAUCAGGGAGGAACCUCCCAGCAGGCUGGCUAAAAUGGGCGCUAUGCCGACACCGUUCGCCAUGCCGGCGCGAAAGCCGGAUAGAGUUGUGGAGGACACGCCCCCUCUGCCAGCAGAGAGGGAGGAACCCCUCCCAGAAACACCCCCAGGUAAGCACAAUGACUUUGAAUAACUGAAUCUGGGACUAUUUUUAUUUCCAUUAUCACAUUUAUCUGUUAUACAAGCAGUGCAUCAGUUAACUUACACAUCUAUUGUAGCAAUGCUGAAAGCAGCAUAAAAUCACCAAUGAGUCUCACUAGAAUUUCCAUUUUGCUUUUACAGCACCGGUAGUAACUGUUGCCCCAAAAGUCCACGCUGCCCCAAAGGUACCACUAAGGCCAAGCAUAGAGGAUCAGGAGAUAUACGGGUGAGUGUUGGUUCCACAAACAAAUCUACAGAGAAUGGGUCUAGGGUACAGACUCACUAUUAACUCAACAGAGUAGUAUACUCUAAUGUAGAUUAUCAAUAUAAAUGUUAUUAACUUGCCGUUUGUCUUAAAUGGGUUGUGUGUUGUCCAGGCCCAACACGGUGAUGGUGCGUUUCCAGAAGGGAGAGAGCGUGGGGCUGAGGCUGGCGGGAGGAAACGAUGUGGGAAUCUUCAUCGCAGGCAUUCAGGAGGACAGUCCUGCAGAACAGGAGGGUCUUCACACUGGGGACCAGAUCAUGAAGGUGUCACUAUAUGAGUAGCAUGUCUUUGUCUCAUGUGUCUUUUUAAUGUUUGUCAUGUUUGUGAAAUUCCUCAUGUCUGUUCAUGAGUGCUUUACAUAUGAUCUAUAAUGUUAUGUCUUCUGAUGUAUUUGUGUCUGUCAGGUGAAUAACAUGGACUUCAGGGGCAUGGUGCGUGAGGAUGCUGUCCUGUACCUGCUGGAGAUUCCAAAGGGAGAUGAUGUCACCAUCCUGGCUCAGAGCAAACCUGAUGGUGAGUAACGCCUUCACUCUCUAGAUAAAGACAAAUCUGUCAUAUUAUUUCAGGUCAUGUUGCAGGUGAAGUGGUUUGAUGUUUGUGGUGUCUGUCCUCUGUUCCAGUCUAUAAGGACAUCCUGGCAUCGGGCAGGGGGGACUCGUUCUUCAUCAGGACCCAUUUUGAGUAUGAGAAAGAGGUUCCCCAGAGCCUGCCCUUCUCUCGAGGGGAGAUCUUCAAGGUGACAGACACACUCUACGAUGGCAAGCUGGGCAACUGGCUGGCCAUCCGCACUGACAAAGACAACCAGCUGCUGGAGAAGGGUAUCAUCCCCAACAAGAGCAGGUGUGUGUGUGUGUGUGUGUGUGUGUGUGUGUGUGUGUGUGUGUGUGUGUGUGUGUGUGUGUGUGUGUGUGUGCGGGUAAAGAUGUAAUAUCUUAAUUUUAUCACCCUGUUGCAGGAGAAGUUGUAGUGUAUUUGAGGUAGGGCUGCACGAUUAAUCGAAUUCAGAUCGAAAUUGCGAUAUUGACAUGUGCGAUAUCCAUAUUGCUUUUAUUUAUUUUUACACUCCAUUAAUACAACAAAAACUAGACUACGGUACCUCCUCCAAUGAGAUGCGCUAGACUCUGUUAAUUAUCUCUCUACAUGCACAGAGGAUGCUGACCAAUCACAAGCGGGGUCUCUCACUCUCUGCAUGGCAUGCACAUGCUGGCCAAUCACAAGCGUCCCCACUUAGAGCGCGCAGGUAGAUGCUGGUGAGGAGAGAAAGGGCUUUUACCAAAGACAAUACAGUAUGAGGUUUAGGAACUCUGUGGCUUUACCUCAGUGUGUCGGAAACAUGAGUGCUGCUAGUGCUAACGAGAACGUCGAUUUGGUGCCAAAGGAGGACGCAUCUUCAGUGGUAUGGCAGUAUUUCGGCUACAGGCAAACCGAUGUCAACCAAAUGGAAGUGUUGUGCAAAAAGUGCCUCAGAGUUGUGGCGGCGACAAGAAGCAACACAACCAAUGUAUUCUAUCAUUUGAAGAAUAACCAUCCCCUACUUUACGACGAUUGCAAUAUAUAUUUUUUAAACGCCCCGACAGCAGCAAAGCCACAACCAACCACCUACGUUAAACAGGCUUUGAUUGCAGAUGCGUUUUCAAAUGUAAGGCCUACAAAGAAACAGACACAUAGAAGUCACAGAGGUUAUCACCCAUCACAUAGCCAAAGACAUGGUUCCUAUUUACACAGUCCGCAAAGACAGCUUCAAGAGAGGAUAAACAAGCUGGAGAGGAGAUACAAGAUUCCAUCUCGCACAUAUUUCUCCCAAGUCGCCAUCCCAACACUGUAUAACACGUUUAAGGUAGACAUUGAAGCAUGUCGCAUUGAAUUACUAGACUAGACUCCAAUGUUUGGACACAGGCUGCACCUUGCAAUCGGUAGGCUACGUUUUACAUGAUUUUAAGGCACUUUGAUUUAUAGUUUCAAUUAUAUAAUAAUGAUUGAGCCUACUUAUACAUAAUUACACAAUCAUAAGACUCCUAUUCCAUCUGCAGCCUAUGGCUGCCUGAAUAAAUAAUUAACUUAGGUUACUUAAGAACUCAUAAUGGUAAAAUAGGAACUCAUAAUGUUAUUAAUUAAUUCAUGAAUUAAUGCUGUGCUUAUAUGUAGGUUUAAUAAUCAUAUCUAUUAUCAUACUCUGUAGCCUAUAACAAUUUUGGAAAAUAUUUGUUUAAUUUGGCUUUGUAUUCAGUUGGCACAGUAUGUAAUAAUUCAUAUGAUCUCAAUUUUAGAAGUGAUGUUCUCUACCCUGACAGUAGGUUUAACCUGAUGGAAUUACCAAGUUUUCACCCAAGUGUUUGAAAAUCGCAAUUCAUAAUCGCAAUUGCAAUAUCUGGCCCCAAAAAUCGCAAUUACAGUUGAAGUCGGAAGUUUACAUACACUUAGGUUGGAGUCAUUAAAACUUGUUUUUCAACCACUCCACAGAUUUCUUGUUAACAAACUAUAGUUUUUUCAAGUCGGUUAGGACAUCUACUUUCUGCAUGACACAAGUAAUUUUUCCAACAAUUGUUUAGAGACAGAUUAUUUCACUUAUAAUUCACUGUAUCACAAUUCCAGUGGGUCAGAAGUUUACAUACACUAAGUUGACUGUGCCUUUAUGAUGUCAUGGUUUUAGAAGCUUCUGAUAGGCUAAUUGACAUAAUUUGAGUCAAUUGGAGGUGUACCUGUGGAUGUAUUUCAAGGCCUACCUUCAAACUCAGUGUCUCUUUGCUUAACAUCAUGGGAAAAUCAAAAGAAAUCAGCCAAGACCUCAGAAAAACAAUUUGUAGACCUCCACAAGUCUGGUUCAUCCUUGGGAGCAAUUUCCAAACGCCUAAAGGUACCACGUUCAUCUGUACAAACAAUAGUACGCAAGUAUAAACACCAUGGGACCACGCAGCCGUCAUACCGCUCAGGAAGGAGACGCGUUCUGUCUCCUAGAGAUGAACGUACUUUGGUGCGAAAAGUGCAAAUCAAUCCCAGAACAACAGCAAAGGACCUUGUGAAGAUGCUGGAGGAAACGGGUACAAAAGUAUCUAUAUCCACAGUAAAACGAGUCCUAUAUCGACAUAACCUGAAAGGCCGCUCAGCAAGGAAGAAGCCACUGCUCCAAAACCGCCAUAAAAAAGCCAGACUACGGUUUGCAACUGCACAUGGGGACAAAGAUCGUACUUUCUGGAGAAAUGUCCUCUGGUCUGAUGAAACAAAAAUAGAACUGUUUGCCCAUAAUGACCAUCGUUAUGUUUGGAGGAAAAAGGGGUAGGCUUGCAAGCCGAAGAACACCAUCCCAACCGUGAAGCACGGGGGUGGCAGCAUCAUGCUGUGGGGGUGCUUUGCUGCAGGAGGGACUGGUGCACUUCACAAAAUAGAUGGCAUAUUGAAGCAACAUCUCAAGACAUCACUCAGGAAGUUAAAGCUUGGUCGCAAAUGGGUCUUCCAAAUGGACAAUGACACCAAGCAUACUUCCAAAGUUGUGCCAAAAUGGCUUAAGGACAACAAAGUCAAGGUAUUGGAGUGGCCAUCACAAAGCCCUGACCUCAAUCCUAUAGAAAAUAUGUGGGCAGAACUGAAAAAGCGUGUGCGAGCAAGGAGGCCUACAAACCUGACUCAGUUACACCAGCUCUGUCAGGAGGAAUGGGCCAAAAUUCACCCAACUUAUUGUGGGAAGCUUGUGGAAGGCUACCUGAAACGUUUGACCCAAGUUAAACAAUUUAAAGGCAAUGCUACCAAAUACUAAUUGAGUGUAUGUAAACGUCUGACCCACUGGGAAUGUGAUGAAAUAAAUAAAAGCUGAAAUAAAUCAUUCUCUCUACUAUUAUUCUGACAUUUCACAUUCUUAAAAUAAAGUGGUGAUCCUAACUGACCUAAGACAGGAAAUUUUUACUACGAUUAAAUGUCAGGAAUUGUGAAAAACUGAGUUUAAAUGUAUUUGGCUAAGGUGUACAGUGGGGGUAGCCAUUUUGUGGUUGCUAAAAAUUGUAUAGUUCGGCAAAUUUCUGUUUGUGACAAAACAAGCAACUAUAGUGUAGAGAAUCAUUGUACCAUCUACAGUGGGGGAAAAAAACGUAUUUAGUCAGCCACCAAUUGUGCAAGUUCUCCCACUUAAAAAGAUGAGAGGCCUGUAAUUUUCAUCAUAGGUACACGUCAACUAUGACAGACAAAUUGAGAUUUUUUUCUCUCCAGAAAAUCACAUUGUAGGAUUUUUUAUGAAUUUAUUUGCAAAUUAUGGUGGAAAAUAAGUAUUUGGUCACCUACAAACAAGCAAGAUUUCUGGCUCUCACAGACCUGUAACUUCUUCUUUAAGAGGCUCCUCUGUCCUCCACUCGUUACCUGUAUUAAUGGCACCUGUUUGAACUUGUUAUCAGUAUAAAAGACACCUGUCCACAAACUCAAACAGUCACACUCCAAACUCCACUAUGGCCAAGACCAAAGAGCUGUCAAAGGACACCAGAAACAAAAUUGUAGACCUGCACCAGGCUGGGAAGACUGAAUCUGCAAUAGGUAAGCAGCUUGGUUUGAAGAAAUCAACUGUGGGAGCAAUUAUUAGGAAAUGGAAGACAUACAAGACCACUGAUAAUCUCCCUCGAUCUGGGGCUCCACGCAAGAUCUCACCCCGUGGGGUCAAAAUGAUCACAAGAACGGUGAGCAAAAAUCCCAGAACCACACGGGGGGACCUAGUGAAUGACCUGCAGAGAGCUGGGACCAAAGUAACAAAGCCUACCAUCAGUAACACACUACGCCGCCAGGGACUCAAAUCCUGCAGUGCCAGACGUGUCCCCCUGCUUGAGCCAGUACAUGUCCAGGCCCGUCUGAAGUUUGCUAGAGUGCAUUUGGAUGAUCCAGAAGAGGAUUGGGAGAAUGUCAUAUGGUCAGAUGAAACCAAAAUAUAACUUUUUGGUAAAAACUCAACUCGUCGUGUUUGGAGGACAAAGAAUGAUGAGUUGCAUCCAAAGAACACCAUACCUACUGUGAAGCAUGGGGGUGGAAACAGCAUGCUUUGGGGCUGUUUUUCUGCAAAGGGACCAGGACGACUGAUCCGUGUAAAGGAAAGAAUGAAUGGGGCCAUGUAUCGUGAGAUUUUGAGUGAAAACCUCCUUCCAUCAGCAAGGGCAUUGAAGAUGAAACGUGACUGGGUCUUUCAAAACGUUUGACCUGUGUCAUUGCCAACAAAGGGUAUAUAACAAAGUAUUGAGAAACUUUUGUUAUUGACCAAAUACUUAUUUUCCACCAUAAUUUGCAAAUAAAUUCAUAAAAAAUCCUACAAUGUGAUUUUCUGGAUUUUUUUUCCCUCAUUUUGUCUGUCAUAGUUGACGUGUACCUAUGAUGAAAAUUACAGGCCUCUCUCAUCUUUUUAAGUGGGAGAACUUGCACAAUUGGUGGCUGACUAAAUACUUUUUUUCCCCACUGUAUGUAAACUUCCGACUUCAACUGUAGAUAUUUUUACCAAAUCGUGCAGCCCUAAUUUGAGGUUUAAAAAGCCUUCUGAAGUUUGUAACUUCCACUUUGAAAUUUCCGACUAGAUUUUACUUUACGAAAAAUGUAUCAACCCCUACGAACAUGUCCAUUAAUUAUAAUCCACAUAAUAAUUCACAUUUCCUUUUGCUGCAGGAUUAUUUUCCUGCUUUAGCAAAGUGGCUCAAAUUAAGAUCCUACAUCUGUGUGUGUGUGUGUAAUGAUUGAGACUAAGUGCUAAUUAAUGAUUCCCGGUGUUCUCUGCUUAUCAGGGCGGAACAAAUGUCAAAUGUGCAGAAUGCCCAGAGAGGAACAGCCAAUGACAGAGGAGACUUCUGGAGGUUGAGGGGUCAAAGGGCGGCAAAGAAGAAGGACCUCCGUAAGAGCAGAGAGGACCUGACUGCCAUCCCAGUCACCACUCGCUUCCCUGCCUACGAGAGGGUGGUCUUACGAGAAGGUACGUCUCCCAACGCAAAAGACUCCCAUCUCCUGUUGUGGUGUGGUCUAAGAGCCACUUCACUGCAUAGAACAGAAUAAGUUCUAAACUUUCGAUUGAACUUAACUAUCAACUGAAUGUUUUAUGAAAUUAUUAGGAACUUUCCCAUAAUGGCAUGCACAGACAAACUAGAUAUCAUGUCUAACCAGAGCUAUAUUACAGAUAUGAGAUACUGUGUGUCUGUUUUGAUCCUCAGCUGGCUUCAGGAGACCAGUGGUUGUGUUCGGGCCCAUUGCAGAUGCAGUCAAUGAGAAACUGGCCAACGACCUGCCUGAGGAGUUUGUCAUAGCUAGUGAGUAUGAUGUUCCUUACUUCUGCUUGUGAAUGAAGGUGCAUCAUGUAUUUACGUUAGGUGCACUCGAUUUAUCUUUUUUUUUUUUCAAUGGAAUAGUAACACAUUUGUUCACCCUGCGCUGACCGGGCACGCUAAAUUGAGCGCUGCCUUAUUGCUUCUAUGAUCAUGUGUGUUUCUGUAGUAUUGGUGAGAAGCUGAUGUGUUUUUGUUUGCCCACACAGAGACUGAGCCCAAGGAUGCAGGCACUGAGAAGUCCUCCGGUGUGGUGAGACUCAAUACCAUUCGUCAGAUCAUCGAACAGGUAAACACCACCACCAGCAUCUUCAUCCUCGCCAUCAUUUUACCUCAAUCAUCAUUACCAUCAUCAUCUUCAUACACCCUUUACCUUCAUCACCAUAGUCAUCAUCCUCCACCUCCUCACCCUACUCUUCCACUUCACUAUCAUCUUCUCCAGCUUCCCUCUCACAUUGACCCUCUCCUUCCCUGUCUCCCCAGGACCACCAUGCCCUGCUGGACGUGACUCCCAAGGCAGUGGACACCCUGAACUACACCCAGUGGUACCCCAUUGUGGUGUUCCUAAACCCGGACAGCAAGGUGGGCAUCAAGACGAUGAGAAACCGCCUUGUGCCCGGCUCCAAUCGCAGCGCCCGCAAACUCUACGAGCAGGCGGUCAAACUGAGGAAGAACUAUUCCCACCUCUUCACUGGUCAGUCACACACACACACACACACACACACACACACACCUUGACUAUCUGUCCUUUUUUUAGCUCCACUGUACGUGGCACUGAUGCUACUUCCCAGGUGAAUCCCUAGUAUUAUGAGGCCUGAACACUAUGGUUGGUCUAUUGAGGCCACAUUGUUUCAGGAAUAAACUAUGAUUAAGCUGUAUUACUCCUAUUUCUGUUGUGCCAAUCAUUCUGGUUUGUUUCCCUACACAGCGACCGUUGACCUGAAUUCAGCCAAUGACGGGUGGUACGGGAGUGUGAAAGACUCUAUCCGUGCACAGCAGGAGCGGGCUGUGUGGAUCUGUGAGGGCAAGGUAAGCUCUAUGUUUAUACUUAAUACAUAUACACUGAACAAAAAUAUAAACGGAACAUGUAAAGUGUUGAUUUCAUGAGCUGAAAAAAAAGAUCGCUGAACUUUUCCACACGCACAAAAAGCUGAUUUCUCUCAAAUGUUGUGCACAAAUUUGCUUACAUCCCUGUUUAUGAGCAUUUCUGAUUUGCCAAGAUAAUCCAUCCACCUGAUAGGUGUGGCAUAUCAAGAAGAUGAUUAAACAUCAUGAUCAUUACACAGGUGUACCUUGUGCUGGGGACAAUAAAAGGCAACUCUAAAAUGUGCAGUUUUGUCACACAACACAAUGCCACAAAUGUCUAAGGUUUUAAGGGAGCGUGCAAUUGGCAUGCUGACUCCAGGAAUGGCCACCAAAGCUGUUGCCAGAGAAUUGAAUGUUCAUUUCUCUACCAUAAGCGUCGUUUUAGAGAAUUUGGCAGUAUGUCCAACCGGCCUCACAACCGCAAACCACGUGUAUGGUGUCAUGUGGGCGAGUGUUUUGCUGAUGUCAACGUUGUGAACAGAGUGCCCCAUGGUGGCGGUGAGGUUAUGGUAUGGGCAGGCAUAAGCUACGGACAACGAACACAAUUGUAUUUUAUCGAUGGCAAUUUGAAUGCACAGCGAUACCGUGACGAGAUCCUGAGGCCCAUUGUUGUGCCAUUCAUCCGCCACCAUCACCUCAUGUUUCAGCAUGAUGAUGCACGGCCGCAUGUCUCAAGGAUCUGUACACAAUUCCUGGAAGCUGAAAAUGCCAAAAUUCUUCCAUGGCCUGCAUACUCACCAGACAUGUCACCCAUUUAGCAUGUUUGGGAGGCUAUAGAUCGACAUGUACGACAGCAUGUUCCAGUUCCCGCCAAUAUCCAGAAACUUCGCACAGCCAUUGAAGAGGAGUGGGACAACAUUUCACAGGCUACAAUCAACAGCCUGAUCAACUCUAUGCGAAGGAGAUGUGUCGCGCUGCAUGAGGCAGAUGGUGGUCUCACUAGAUACUGACUGCUUUUCUGAUCCACGCCCCUACUUUUUUUUUAAAGGUAUCUGUGACCAGUCGUAUGAAAUCCAUACAUUAGAGCCUAAUGAAUGUAUUUAAAUUGACUGAUUUCCUUAUAUGAACUGUAACUCAGUAAAAUCUUUGAAAUUGUUGCAUGUUGCGUUUUAUAAUUUUGUUCUGUGUGUGUGUGUACACACACACACACUCUACCUGUCCAAAGUUUUAGAACACCUACUAAUUCGUGUUUUUCUUUAUUUUUACUAUUUUCUACAUUGUAGAAUAAUAGUGAAGACAUCAGAACUAUGAAAUAACACAUAUGGAAUCAUGUAGUAACCAAAAAAGUGUUAAACAAAUGAAAAUAUAUUUUAUAUUUGAGAUUCUUCAAAUAGCCACCCUUUGCCUUGGUGACAGUUUUGCACACUCUUGGCAUUCUCUCAACCAGCUUCAGCUGGAAUGCUUUUCCAACAGUCUCGAAGGAGUUCCCACAUAUGCUGAGCACUUGUUGGCUGCUUUUCCUUCACCCUGCGGUCCGACUCAUCCCAAACCAUCUCAAUUUGGUUGAGAACAGGGGAUUGUGGAGGCCAGGUAAUCUGGUGCAGCACUCCAUCACUCUCCUUCAGCCCUUACACAGCCUGGAGGUGGGUUGGGUCAUUGUCCUGUUGAAAAACAAAUGAUAGUCCCACUAAGCCCAAACCAGAUGGGAUGGCGUAUCGCUGCAGAAUGCUGUGGUAGCCAUGCUGGACACCACCUCCUCCAUGCUUUACGGUGGGAAAUACACACGCGGAGAUAAUCCGUUCACCCACACCGCGUCUCACAAAGACACGGUGGUUGGAACCAGAAAUCUCCAAUUUGGACUCCAGACCAAAGGACAAAUUUCCACCGGUCUAAUGUCCAUUGCUCGUGUUUCUUGGCCCAAGCAAGUCUCUUCUUUUUAUUGGUGUCCUUUAGUAGUGGUUUCUUUGCAGCAAUUCAACCAUGAAGGCCUGAUUCACACAGUCUCCUCUGAACAGUUGAUGUUGAGAUGUCUGUUACUUGAACUCUGUGAAGCAUUCAUUUGGGCUGCAAUUUCUGAGGCUGGUAACUCUAAUGAACUUAUCCUCUGCAGCAGAGGUAACUCUGGGUCUUCCAUUCCUUUGGCGGUCCUCAUGAGAGCCAGUUUCAUCAUAGCGCUUGAUGGUUUUUGCGACUGCACUUGAAGAAACGUUUGAAGUUCUUGAAAUUUUCCGUAUUGACUGACCUUCAUAUCUUAAAGUAAUGAUGGACUGUCGUUUCUCUUUGCUUAUUUGAGCUGUUCUUGCCAUAAUAUGGACUUGGUCUUUUACCAAAUAGGGCUAUCUUCUGUAUACCCCCCCCCCCCCCCCCUCCCCCCCACCUUGUCACAACACAACUGAUUGGCUGAAAUGCAUUAAGAAGGAAAGAAAUUUCACAAAUUAACCUUUAAGAAGGCACACCUGUUAAUUGAAAUGCAUUCCAGGUGACUACCUCAUGAAGCUGGUGUUCAAAGCUGUUAUCAAGGCAAAGGGUGGCUAUUUGAAGAAUCUCAAAUAUAACAUAUUUUGUUUUGUUUAACACUUUUUUUGGUUACUACAUGACUCCAUAUGUGUUAUUUCAUAGUUUUGAUGUCUUCACUAUUAUUCAACAAUGUAGAAAAUAGUAAAAAAUAAAAACCCUUUUUAUUUUAUUUUAUUUCACCUUUAUUUAACCAGGUAAACCAGUUGAGAACAAGUUCUCAUUUACAACUGCGACCUGGCCAAGAUAAAGCAAAGCAGUGCGAUAAAAACAACAACACAGAGUUACAUAUGGGGUAAAACAAAACAAAGUCAAAAAUACAACAUAAAUAAAUAUAUAUACAGUGUGUGCAAAUGUAGCAAGUUAUGGAGGUAAGGCAAUAAAUAGGCUAUAGUGCAAAAAUAAUUACAAUUAGUAUUAACACUGGAAUGAUAGAUGUGAAAAUAGAGAUACUGGGGUACAAAUGAGCAAAAUAAAUAACAAUAUAGGGAUGAGGUAGUUGGGCGGGCUAAUUUCAGAUGGGCUGUGUACAGGUGCAGUGAUCGGUAAGGUGCUCUGACAACUGAUGCUUAAAGUUAGUGAGGGAGGUAAGUGUCUCCAGCUUCAGAGAUUUUUGCAAUUUGUUCCAGUCAUUGGCAGCAGAGAACUGGAAGGAAUGGCGGCCAAAGGAGGUGUUGGCUUUGGGGAUGACCAGUGAGAUAUACCUGCUGGAGCGCAGACUACGGGUGGGUGUUGCUAUGGUGACCAAUGAGCUAAGAUAAGGCGGGGAUUUGCCUAGCAGUGAUUUAUAGAUGGCCUGGAGCCAGUGGGUUUGGCGACGAAUAUGUAGUGAGGACCAGCCAACAAGAGCGUACAGGUCACAGUGGUGGGUAGUAUAUGGGGCUUUGGAGACAAAACGGAUGGCACUGUGAUAGACUACAUCCAAUUUGCUGAGUAGAGUGUUGGAGGCUAUUUUGUAAAUGACAUCGCCGAAGUCAAGGAUCGGUAGGAUAGUCCGUUUUACGAGGGCAUGUUUGGCAGCAUGAGUGAAGGAGGCUUUGUUGCGAAAUAGGAAACCGAUUCUAGAUUUAACUUUGGAUUGGAGAUUCUUAAUGUGAGUCUGGAAGGAGAGUUUACAGUCUAACCAGACACCUAGAUAUUUGUAGUUGUCCACAUACUCUAGGUCAGACCCGUCGAGAGUAGUGAUUCUAGUCGGGUAGGCGGGUGCAAGCAGCGUUCGGUUGAAGAGCAUGCAUUUAGUUUUACUAGUGUUUAAGAGCAGUUGGAGGCUACUGAAGGAGUGUUGUAUGGCAUUGAAGCUCGUUUGGAGGUUUGUUAACACAGUGUCCAAUGAAGGGCCAGAUGUAUACAAAAUGGUGUCGUCUGCGUAGAGGUGGAUCUGAGAGUCACCAGCAGCAAGAGCGACGUCAUUGAUAUACACACGUCAUUGAUAAAAAAAUAAAAACCCUUGAAUUAGUAGGUGUUCUAAAACUUUGGACCGGUAGUGUGUAUAUAUACAGUGAGUUUACGUACUGUAUGUAGUGUGUUUGAGUGUCGAUUUCACACCUACUUGCGUCUCUCUCGCUCUCUCAUCUCCGGUCUUCUCUAUUUUCUCUCUGUCUCGUUCUCUCUCUCUAUUUAUUUCAGUUGGACGGCUCGGAGGAGGAACUGGAUAUCCAUGAUGACCGCAUGUCGUACCUAUCAGCGAUGAGCGCCGACUACCUGAGCAUGGACAGUCGACUGACCAGCGACUAUGAUGACACGGCUGACGAGGGCGGGGCUUACACCGACAACGAGCUGGACGAGCCAAUGGACGAGCCCCAUCAGCCGGUGUCGGCCAUCAGCCGCUCCUCAGAGCCCGUACUACCAGAGGAGGUGGGUGGGCUUUACUACUGUCAAUCACUAUCCCUCAUUGUCAAUCACUCAUUCUGUGUCAGAGAUGGAGACUGGCAUCUGUCUCUCUCAAGUGUACUCCAUUAAUCUGUCAAUCUCUCAUUGUCAGUCAACAAUCUUGACUUGUUGUGUUGACAUAUUCUGUGUUUGUUGACAUACUGUCUGUAUGUAUAUCUGUUGACAUAUGUAUAUGUACAUCCCUCCCACCUAUAGAGACCCCAUCCUGCCCCCAUACCUCGUAUGAGGAGAUCAGGGAGCAGAGAGGUGCUGAGAGACCCCAGCCCACCCCCCUCCUUCGUCCCUGAGCCCCCCAAGGUAAGACCCCCUUGAACCCCACCCUCAACUCUCAAUCCCCUCAACCCCAAACCCUGUACCACAUCUUGUGCUUGCUUAUAAGACUUAGAAUACUAAGGUUAUAUAAGUGCUUGCUAAAUUACCAUAAUAUCCUCUUCUAUUACAGCAGGUGAGGGUGCAGUCUCGCGGGGGAUAUGACUCCCACUCCAGCAGCACCAUUAGCAGUGACGCGGCCGGGGGGCCCAAGCCCGCCCCGCCCCCCGUGGCCCUUAAGCCCACCCUGAAGGCCCUCAGCCAGUCGUCUGAGGAACACAGUGUCAAGGGGGGAGAGGACCCGGCCAACCACUCAUUCAUUGGCAAGGUGAAGGCCUUCGAAAAGAUGGACCACCUGGCCAGAGCCCAGAGGAUGCUGGAGCUCCAGGAGGCCGAGCAUGCACGGGUCAGUACUACUGGUGGAAAACUUGGUGAAUAGAUAGAAAGUAAUGCUUGUGCAAUGGUAAGAUGUAACGCUUCAUAAACAGAACCAAAUGGAUCUACAGGGGAGUGUGAUCAUUUCAUAUAUUCUGAUAAACGUUUUAUUGCAAGUACCAAAAGGUAUAUUCAAGUGCAUAUGUUGCCUUAUGUUUGUAAUGUACAGUAUGUGCUUUGGCAUAACUGGGCCUCCUCCUGCUUUCUGACUGUAGCUGGAAAUAGCCCAGAAGCACCCAGACAUCUAUGCAGUCCCAGUGAAACUACCAAAGCCCAACCACAACCGCCCACAGCCAAUAGGGUAAGUUAAUCUAUUUAACCUUGUCGGUCACCACACAAAUUAGCAUUUUUACUUAACUUUCCACUGCCUGUCAUAGGUUGGGUUCAGGUUGUGUUGAAUGCUUUUGUUUUUACAGACUUGAUGCCCAACAAUCUGAAUGAACGAAAAUGUCUCUCUCGCUCUCCUGUGUGUCCAGCUCCAGCUCCAACCCAGAGCCCCAGUCCUCCAGGCCACCGUACUCUGAGAGCAGGGGUCACUACGACGACGAUAAGGAAGAGUACCGCAGACAGCUUGCCGACCAGACCAGACGAGGCUACUACAGCAACCCCCAGAAAUACAAAGACACUGAGAUGUAG